AUGCCGUUCGAGAACCACGACCUGGGCGUCUUCGCUGCCGCACGUGCCGAGAAGCUCCGCAAGUACGCCGAUAUCUUCAACAAGUUCAACGCGGAUGGCUACGACACGUUCCUGGACGCCUUCAUCGUUGGGCCACUCGGCGGAUGGGACCAAGAAAACGACUCCGCACUGCGCCGACUCGCCAUCUCCGUCAAGUACGCCGCGCUGAUGAAGAAGUUGAUGGUCUCCGAUGCGCUGAAGUGGUCAAGAGAUGCCUACGUCGAGCACAUCACCGCCCACCGCCAAUACCAAGCA